GUUCUGUCUCUCCUCUAGUGUUUUCCUCUCCCCUUUGUGUCUCUCCCCGUCCUCAAGUUUCUCUCGUGUGUACGGACACAGCGUCCAGGCGAGGGUUUGAGUUCAGGGUGUCUGUCAAAGAGGAAAUCUUUCGCUUUUUCACUCUUCCUUUCAAAGAUGGCGACCCAGGGAGACGCGGGAACUCUCUGCUUCACGACUCUUCAGCAACAGCAGCAGCACUGGGCGUUCCUUAGAGCAGACGAGGCAGCGUUGCAGCAGAAGGCGACCCACGAGGUGGAACAGUACGACCGCCAUGUGUCUCUCUUGAAGAACUUUUUCCUUCACUUUGUCGAUGAAUUCGCUUCUCAAGGAAAGGGGGAGAACGUCAACGCCACACACGGCGACUUCAAGUACCGCAAUCUUCUACAAGCUGUCCACGAUGAACGCCGAGAUGACUUGCCGGUUUAUCUGGACGACGUGCGAGAGUUCUUCACCACGCAGCAACCGGAGGACGCUCCUCUGGGCGAAGAGGACCUCGGCAGUGCGAAGAAGGCUGCGAGUUUGACGGUAUACGAAGCGAUUCUGACCAACACGAGUCGCUACAUCGAACUGCUCUACCAGGCUGCAGAUGCGGUGCUGAAGCAAGAACCCGAUCUGUUCGAGACCGGCGAAGAAGUGGAGGUAGAGCAAGAUCAAGUGCACUUCCUCAAGGCGACCGACAGCCAGGCGCUCAACAACGAACUGAAGCUCAGACUCCGAAAGAAAGACCCUUGGAGAAAAAUCCGGGAACGCGACAUGGCGGCUCGACGGGUGCCUGCCUUUCUUCGCUGUGGGUUCCGCGUCUGCCUGUAUCCGCCGGCUCGAGAAGGCUGCCGCCUCUUUCGGAGCGUAGACGCGACGAGCAUGGGGAAGUUUUCUUUCUUCACUUGCGAGGUUCUUCGCGUGCAGCAAGUGAAGCCGAAGCUUCUGGUCGCUGCGUACGAGUGCGAGGAGUGCCACGAGAAGGUCUUCCAACCGGUGGAAGCAAACGCCUUCAUGCCCCUCCUGACUUGCCCCUUGUGCAAGAACAGCCGGAACCGCGAAUGCACUCUCCACCUCCAUCCGAAGUUGAGUUUCUUCUUGCCUUUUCAAGAAGUGAAGGUCCAGGAGCCCACGUGCCAGAUUCCAGAAGCAGACGUUCCUCGCACUCUCAACUGCCACCUCGUCGGCCAUGCUGUCACAAACAUCCUUCAGCCUGGGAUGACGGUGACACUGGGGGGGGUGUUGAAGCCGGUGCGGAAGAUGGGGUUCGCGGCUUUGCGCUCGGGUCUGGUGCAAGAAAAAGUAUUCGAAGUUUCCUUCAUUCAACUGAAGAAGCAGCAGACUCACUUGGACCGCAGGGAGAGUCUGCAGAUUGCGGAGAAAGUCGCGAAACUCCGCCAGACUCCGGGGCUGUACGACUUGCUCGCGCGCAGCAUCGCUCCCGGAGUGUACGGCAUGGAAGACGUCAAGAAGGCUCUCCUGCUGCAGCUGAUCGGCGGGAAAACGGUCACGAAGGACGACGGCGGCAUGAUUCGCGGAGACAUCCACGUCCUGCUCAUGGGCGACCCUGGGGUGGCGAAGAGCCAGCUGAUGAAGCAGGUCUGCUCGAUCGCCCCCAGGUCGAUCUACACGACGGGGAAGGGAAGCAGCAGCAGUGGCUUGACCGCAGCAGUCAUCAAAGACCCUGCGACCAUGGAAACGACUCUCGAAGGAGGCGCCCUCGUCCUGGCAGACCGCGGCAUCUGCUGCAUCGACGAGUUCGACAAGAUGGACGACUUUGACAGAAGCGCGAUCUACGAAGUCAUGGAGCAGCAGUCAGUUUCCAUCGCAAAGGCAGGACACUGCAGCUGCUUGCCGGCGCGCACUGCCGUCUUGGCGGCAGCGAAUCCCAAGGAUGGACGAUACGACGUGAAGAAACCGAUGAUGGUCAACAUGAAUCUACCAGCGGCGCUUCUGUCUCGAUUCGACCUUCAGUUUCUGCUGCUCGACCAAGCAGACCGACAGAGAGACACGCAGAUGGCGGCGCACAUCUUGGGGAUUUAUCGAUCGGCGUCUGCUGCUUUUGCGGAGGCGAAGAGUGACGAGCAAACAGAGAAGAAGGGCAGAAAGGGGAGGAAAAAGAACGGAAGGAAACAGAGCGAGGAAGGAGGCGGCAGCCAACUCGUGGAGAAAAAAGUUCUUCGCGCCUUCAUCGACGAAGCGAAGAAAGGCAACCCUGCUCUUGAAGAUUCCUUGAUUCCUCAAGUUGCCGACUGGUACGCAAACACGCGCUACGACGAACAGCAGCAAGAGAGACUUUCAGGCAUUCUUCCUUCCUACACCACUCCGCGUGCUCUCCUCGGCACUCUUCGUCUCGCUCAGGCUCUGGCGUGCCUCCGCUUCAGUGACUGGGUCGAGGGCCCUGACUUCGAGGAGGCGCUGCGUUUGAUGGAAGCCUCGAAGGAGAGCGUGCGAGUUGCAGAAGAAGGGCGAAGAAGGAGAAAGCAAGACCGAGCUAGUCUCGCCUUUGAAAUCCUCAAGAAUCUGAGGAGUCGAACUCAGCAGAAAAAGGGCGCCAAGUGGGAUGGGUGGAUGCCAGUCUCUGCUCUGCAGCAGCAAGCAGCCGCUGCAGGCCUGACGAAUGAACAGCUCGACGCUGCUCUCAGCCAAUACGAGGAGUUCACGUUGAUCACCUUCGACCGCACGAAAACCAAAGUGGCGUUUGUUGAAGAAGCAGGCAGCGAGAAGUCUGACGACGACGACGACAUGGCAUGAGAUGGCAUGAGCAGCAGGGACAAGAAAAGCCUCUUUGGAGAAUUAGGAAAGCACAGCCGGGCGAAAACGGCGACGGGGGGGGGGAGGGGGGCUACGGAAAGGAGGCUCAAGUCAAGAAGGAAAAAACGUCGAGACACCUCAACACCUAGGCAAAGUCCCCGAAGAACACGUGUGUUCAAAAAGUCGUACACACCAACACGUGUCUGUAUAAAUGCAUGGUAUCUACGUUAUUUAUAUAUAUAUAUAUAUAUAUAUAGGUAUAUGCAUGCAGAUUUGAGUUGGAGUGUGCCUGCGAGUGUGCAUACGGAUGCCUGGUGGGUCUGUGUGGAUCCUGAAGCGAGAAUGAGAAGUCUUUUGCUUGUGUCCUUUUUGAGUCGGAGAGUAGGAACGAAGAAACGAUGUGGGAAGAGCCGGCUCACUUCGCGUGAGCGGCGAAAAGAAAAACUGCGGUAGAGUGUCUGUCUUUUCAAACGCGCAGGCGAGGGUCGAGUUGCUCACUCCCCGUCUGCCUGCAGACAAUUCUGGG